AUGAGUGUCAGUACUGCUGCAUCGACAUUAUACAGUUCAUCCAACAAGAUAUUUGUAUUGAAAAAUGCAAACUCAUCCAUUAUUGAAUUGGUCUCAGGCCAGCAAGCCCUCAAAGAACUAGAAAAAACCGAUGAUUUUGUCAAUAAUUUUAGUCAAUUCGAUUUAGAAUCUCGUGUAAAGUUGUUGUCAGCAGUAGUGGAAGAUUAUUUUAAGUUUAUUGCACAACAUAUAUUGGUUUGGGAUGAAGAAUUAAGUCAAGUAAUGGAGUCGUGCAUUCAAUUUAUCAAUACCACUUGUCUAGAAAAACUGAAAUUAUUAACUUAUCCACCACGAAUUUAUGUUGUAUUAACAAAUGGGAACGAUGAAAAUAAUGCUGCAUAUUGCCGCAAUGAAAAUGUUAUUGUAAUGCCAUUAACAGUUAUUCUUGAUGGAUCGAUACGUAAAGUAUUUACUCAUGAACUAUUUCAUAUUUGGAGUAAAUGGCAUAAGAAUCUAACGAUUCGUGAUGAAUUAUAUGCAAGUAUUGGAUACUAUAAAAUACCAGUGGAGAAGUCAAUCAAAUUUCCACCUAGUUUACAGCCGAGAAAAAUAACUAAUCCAGAUGCACCAUUUGUUUUAAAAUACUAUAUUGAAUUGAAAAAACUUGGCGAUGAAAGUGAAAAAGCAUACAAAUGUACGCCGAUUAUACAUGCUUCUCGAGCUUUUGAUCCCAACUUUUCCACUAAUUUCUUCGAUUAUCUAGUGGCAACAACUUUGAUCUUACACGAUACGACAUAUGAACCACUAGAACCAUUACAGUAUUUAUCAUACGCAGAUACCAGUAAUUUUUAUGAUCAAAUUGGAGUUAAUACAACUUACAUUAUCCAUCCGGAAGAAAUUCUAGCAGAUAAUUUUGUAUUAUGGAUGAUGAAGAAAGAUCAAUUAGCAACGUUGAAAUCACCAACUGUUAUUUCGAGGAUGAAUGAUAUCAUUUGUACUGCUGCACAGGAUACAAGCCAGUGA